CGCCGUAUGUCAGUUGGACGUUAAGCUUUGGUGCCAGCCGUACGCAGUGUUCGAGCUCCCGGGCAGAAACAGUUGUGAAGUGAAGUCAACGUAAUCGUAACGAGGUGGUCUACCUUACCAAACAGAAUAUAUAUCGUGUGCUAACCGUGCGGUAAAGUUUAAUUGAAAGUGCGCUCUCAAGAUUCUCAGGGAUAACAACAGGGAGCAGCUGGAGAGUUCAGUUUCAAGGUCUCGUCCACAGGCAAAUAAAUAACGUCUACAAUGUUCCUGCCGGAAUCUCAAGCAGCAUUCAGGACGCUGCGCAAAGCGAUCCCUAGAGUGAGGCUUUACUUUAUUAACAAGAAUGCCUACUCCACUCAGGUGGAAUACAAACCCAUACGGUCGGUGCUGGUAGCCAACCGUGGCGAAAUAGCGAUACGCGUGUUUCGCGCCUGCACGGAACUUGGCAUCAAGUCUGUGGCCGUGUACUCGGAGCAGGACAAAAUGCACAUGCAUCGUCAGAAGGCCGACGAGUCCUAUAUGGUCGGCAAGGGCCUUGCACCGGUGGAAGCAUAUCUGAACAUUCCAGAGAUCAUUCGCGUUUGCAAGGAGAACGACAUUGACGCAGUGCAUCCCGGCUACGGUUUCCUCUCCGAACGCAGUGAUUUUGCACAGGCCGUUAUCGAUGCUGGGCUUCGGUUUAUUGGCCCAUCGCCAAAGGUGGUCCAAAACAUGGGCGACAAGGUGGCUGCGCGCGUUGCGGCUAUCGAGGCUGGGGUACCUAUUGUGCCGGGAACAGAUGGGCCAGUAACUUCUAAAGAAGAAGCGUUGUCUUUUUGCCAAAAACAUGGACUACCCGUGAUCUUCAAAGCAGCGUAUGGCGGCGGAGGCCGUGGCAUGCGUGUUGUGCGCAAAAUGGAGGAAGUCGAAGAGAAUUUUGAACGCGCCAGCUCCGAGGCAAAGGCAGCUUUCGGCAACGGAGCAAUGUUCAUUGAGAAAUUCAUUGAACGUCCACGCCACAUUGAAGUCCAACUGUUGGGUGAUAAGGCCGGAAAUGUUGUACAUCUAUACGAACGCGACUGCUCCGUCCAGCGUCGGCAUCAAAAAGUCGUUGAGAUCGCCCCUGCCCCACGCCUUCCUAUAGAGAUCAGAGAUAAGAUGACGGAGGCGGCAGUACGGUUAGCCAGGCAUGUGGGAUACGAGAACGCGGGCACUGUGGAGUUCCUCUGCGACGAAUCUGGAAACUUCUACUUCAUUGAAGUGAACGCCAGGUUGCAGGUGGAGCACACGGUGACCGAGGAGUUUACCGGCAUUGAUCUGGUUCAAUCUCAGAUACGUAUUGCCGAAGGCAUGACGCUUAAGGAGCUGGGACUCACGCAGGAAAAUAUUGUUCCCCGUGGCUUUGCCAUUCAGUGUCGCGUGACCACCGAAGAUCCUGCCAACGACUUCCAACCCAACACUGGACGUCUGGAAGUUUUCCGUUCGGGCGAGGGCAUGGGUAUACGUCUGGACAGCGCCUCGACCUACGCUGGAGCCAUCAUAUCGCCCUACUAUGACUCGCUCCUCGUCAAGGUGAUAUCCCAUGCCAGUGAUCUGCAGAGCUCAGCCGCGAAAAUGAACCGAGCACUCCGAGAAUUCCGUAUCCGCGGCGUCAAGACGAAUAUUCCCUUUUUGCUAAACGUGCUCGAGAACCAGAAGUUUUUGCACGGUGUGUUGGACACAUACUUCAUAGAUGAACAUCCGCAGCUGUUCAAAUUUACGACCACACAGAAUCGUGCCCAAAAACUUUUGAAUUAUCUGGGUGAAGUGUUGGUCAACGGACCCCAGACGCCUUUGGCCACAACACUAAAGCCCGCUGAGGUGAAUCCACAUGUGCCCGAGGUACCGUUGGACCUGUCCCCGGAAGCCUUAGAACGUGAAAAGCGCGGCGGGGCAAAAGUGACAGAGCCCCCACAAGGCCUCCGCGACAUCAUCGUGCGCGAAGGUCCCGACGCUUUCGCCAAGGAGGUGCGUUCGCGAAAGAAUUUACUGCUCAUGGACACCACGUUUCGGGACGCACAUCAGUCGCUAAUGGCCACGCGUGUCCGCACACAUGACUUGCUAAAAAUAUCACCAUACGUGGCGCACAAGUUCAGUAAUCUGUAUUCACUGGAGAAUUGGGGUGGAGCCACAUUCGACGUGGCACUGCGAUUCCUGCACGAGUGCCCUUGGGAGCGCUUGGAGGAGAUGCGCAAGCGCAUUCCGAACAUACCAUUCCAGAUGUUAUUGCGUGGCGCCAAUGCCGUUGGCUACACCAGUUAUCCCGACAACGUAGUCUACAAGUUCUGCGAGCUAGCGGUGCAAACUGGCAUGGAUAUUUUCCGAGUGUUUGACUCCCUCAACUAUUUGCCGAAUUUGAUCCUCGGCAUGGAGGCUGCAGGUAAGGCCGGCGGAGUUGUAGAGGCGGCCAUCUCCUACUCAGGUGAUGUAAGUGAUCCCAAGAGGACUAAGUACGAUCUGAAGUACUAUACCAACUUGGCUGAUGAGCUGGUGAAAGCCGGAACUCAUGUGCUGUGCAUUAAGGACAUGGCGGGUCUACUGAAGCCAGAGGCAGCAAGGUUGCUGAUCACUGCCAUCCGAGACAAGCACCCAGACGUUCCAAUUCAUGUCCAUACCCAUGACACUUCGGGCGCUGGUGUUGCAUCUAUGCUUGCUUGCGCGCAAGCCGGAGCAGAUGUUGUUGACGUUGCUGUCGACUCCAUGUCUGGAAUGACCUCACAGCCAAGCAUGGGAGCUGUUGUAGCCUCGCUGCAAGGCACACCUUUGGAUACAAAAUUGGACUUGAAUGACGUCUCCGAGUAUUCGGCAUACUGGGAGCAAACCCGCACUCUCUACGGACCGUUCGAAUGUACCACUACGAUGCGUUCGGGCAAUGCUGAUGUCUAUUUGAACGAAAUACCCGGUGGCCAAUAUACCAAUCUGCAAUUCCAAUCGUUUUCACUCGGCCUGGGUGACUUGUUUGAGGAUGUGAAGAAAGCCUACCGAGAAGCCAAUAUUGUGCUGGGCGACAUAAUAAAGGUUACUCCAUCAUCCAAGGUUGUCGGCGAUUUGGCACAGUUUAUGGUACAGAACAACCUAACUGGCGCUCAAGUCGUGGAGAAAGCGGAGGAACUUUCUUUUCCCAAAUCGGUGAUUGAGUACCUACAGGGCUACAUCGGUAUUCCGUAUGGCGGCUUUCCAGAACCAUUCCGGUCGCGUGUUUUGAAGGAUAUGCCACGCAUUGAAGGCCGACCAGGUGCUGAGAUGGCUCCAUUGGACUUUGACAAGCUGAAAAAAGAGCUGCGUGAAUCUCACGGAAACGUAAGCGACCGCGAUGUCGUAUCGGCCGCUCUCUAUCCGCAAGUGACCAAUGAAUUCCUGCAUUACCGUGAACAAUUCGGUCCCGUCGAUAAGCUCGACACUCGCAUAUUCCUCACCGGCCCCAAAGUGGGCGAAGAAUUCGAUGUGACUCUGGAGCGUGGCAAGACUCUGAGCGUGAAGGCCUUGGCCAUGGCUGCCGAUCUCAAAACUAAUGGAAAACGCGAGGUGUUCUUCGAAUUAAACGGACAACUGCGCUCCGUCCACAUUCCCGAUAAGGAGGCUAUGAAGGAAAUCCGUAUCCAUCCUAAGGCAGAUAAGACGGUGAAAGGUGAAGUGGGCGCCCCCAUGCCAGGCGAUGUUAUAGACGUGCGCGUCACCAUUGGCGAUAAAGUCGAAAAGGGCCAGCCUCUUGUUGUGCUUUCGGCCAUGAAAAUGGAGAUGGUGGUCCAGGCGCCGCAAUCCGGUGUUGUCAAGAAAGUGGAAGUCAAGAAAGGCAUGAAACUGGACGGCGAUGACUUAAUUCUGAUCAUUGAAUAAAUGCAGUCCAUGGUAAAGACGUCCAAAUGUUUAUGUUUAAAGAGCGUGCUGUCAUCUGUUCAUGCUGCCAACAAAUUUAUAGUCUUAAGUCUUUUCAUUUUUAUGUAUUUAUGUUUACAUGAGUACAUGUGUAUAUACGUGUGUAUAUUGGCACUACUUUUUGAAAGGGUUUACAAUCUUGUUACAGUAAAAAGUCACGCACAAACAAUUGUUGUUAAACAUCAAUUUUUAGUUUGUAUUAGAAAAGCCUUUGCCAAACUUUGUAUCAAUGUUAAAAUAUGAUUAUCAAAUGUAAAAGUGUGAAUAAACAAUGAAAUUUCAUAAGAA